CCGGGCUCCAGACCAUUCCUUGACAUCUUGGGACUCUGCGGUCAGAGUGGACCUGGUCCCAGGUCCUGCCGCUGCCCACACCGCGAGUAACGCGAGGCGAAGAAACGUAUUUUCCCCCUCCGAUUUCAGGACGGUUUGUUCUCUGUUUGUGACUAUGAGAUGGGACAGAAGAGGGACCACAGGAAAAUCAUCAUUUGAACGUCAGAGGAGAAAAAGAGAACGCAGAAGUUAAUUCUAGAAGGGAGCGUCUACCGGGAGCUGCCUGAGCCCGGAGACAGCGGGGGCGCUGACCACCCCAGGGCGGGCUGCAGGAAAGCGGGACUCGGAUCAGAGCUGGUGCCCCGUCUCGGUGGCUGAUUGCUCCACGUCUGAACCCCCAGGCCUCCCCGCUGACCGGUCGGUGGCGCGGAUGCAGCGCGCGCGCGCCCCCCGCUUCUGCGCGCGCGGCCCGCUUCUCUGCCUGGCGCCGCUCUGCUGGGCCGCCCUGCUCUCAGCCCAGUUUACUGUCGUGGGUCCAGCGGGCCCACUCCUGGCCACGGUGGGAGAAGACACUAGGUUUCAGUGCCACCUGUCCCCCGAGAAGAACGCAGAGGACAUGGAGGUGCGGUGGCUCCGCACUCACUUCUCCCGGGCAGUGCUCGUGUACAAGGGCGGACGAGAGAGACCGGAGGAGCAGCUGGAGGCGUACCGAGGAAGGACAACCUUUGUGAGCGAAGGUAUCAAAAAGGGGAGCGUGGCGCUCAUCAUACGCAAUGUCACGGCGCAUGAGGACGGCAUCUACCGCUGUUAUUUCCAAGAAGGCAGAUCCUACGAUGAGGCCAUCCUGCGGCUCAUGGUGGCAGGCCUGGGCUCCAAGCCCCUCGUUGAGAUGAAGGCGCAUGAGGACGGAGGCACCCGGCUGGAGUGCAGCUCCGGGGGGUGGUUCCCGCAGCCCCGCACCGUCUGGAGGGACCCUUAUGGUGAGGUCAUGCCCAGCCUGGAGGAGGCUUACACCGUGGGCGCAGAUGGCCUCUUCACCGUCACUGUGGCCGUGGUCAUCAGGGACUGCUCUGUGAGGAACGCAUCCUGCGUCGUCAACAACACCCUGCUUGGCCAGGAGAAGGAAACUGUGGUUUUCAUUCCAGAAUCCUUGCCCCCCUGCACGAUCUCCUGGAUGGCGGGCCUGGCUGCCACCCCGCCUUCUCUGCUGCUCCUCAUCGCUGGAAGCAUCUGUCUUGCCAGGAAACUCCGCAGGAAAAAAGAGGUUGAAAAUGAAGAGAAAGAAAUUGCAUGUCAGGAAUUGGGGAAGGAAGAUGUGGAAAGAGAGAAAGAACGUCAAAUAAGAGAGCAACUUCAAGAAGAAUUGCGAUGGAGGAGAAGCCUGCUCCAUGCUGCUGACGUGGUCCUAGACCCGGACACGGCGCAUCCCGAGCUCUUCCUAACAGACGACGGGAGAAGCGUGCGGCGAGGCCCCCGCAGGCCGAGUGUGCCUGACACGCCCGAGAGAUUCGACUGCCGGCCCUGCGUGCUGGGCCUGGGGAGCUUCUCCUCCGGGAGGCACUACUGGGAGGUGGAGGUCGAGAACGUGAUGGUGUGGGCUGUGGGCGUUUGUAGAGACGGUGUGGAGAGGAAAGGCGAGGCCUUGCUGGUUCCUCAGAACGGCUUCUGGACCCUGGAGAUGUUUGGGAACCAGUACCGGGUCCUGUCUUCCCCCGAGAAGAUCCUCCCCCUGAAAGAGCGGCUUCGCCGCGUGGCCGUCUUUCUGGACUACGAAGCGGGAGAUAUCUCCUUCUAUAACAUGAGGGACAGGUCACACAUCUACACAUGUCCCCGCGCACCCUUCUCUGGGCCCCUGAGACCCUUCUUCAGGCUGGGGUCUGAUGACAGCCCCCUCUUCGUCUGCCCUGCCUUCACGGGGGCCCGGGGGGUCCCGGUGCCUGAGGAUGGCCUGAUCCUUCACCACACGGGGACCCAGCGCGGCCACCAGGAUCCGUUCCCUGGUCUCAAAGCCAAGUAGAGGGGCCCUGGCCGUCACUACUACCGCCGCACAGCCCCGCUGCCAUGCAGCUCCCAACCGGGAAGAAAGUGUGGGGAAGUGACAGGUUUUAACAUCAGCAUGACACAGUCAGGUGCUCAGAUGGACAUCGGCUCUGUGGCCUCGGGUGACGAACGCAGGACACACUGGGCUGUAAGGGGAGGGAAACCACAAAGGGAAGUCAGGGUCAGGGCAGCCAAGCCUGGCGGGUGGGAGGGGACAGGAGCCUGGGUGCCACUGAGCCUCAGGUACAGCUACGGGGGCUCAGGAGCUGGUGGUCCAUUUCCACACACCCCCUCCCUUUCCAGAAGGCGCUCCUGGCCUAGAACUGAGCUGAAGAAGGAUGAAAGAUGAAGACAUGUGGUGGCCUGGCUCAGGUGUCCCCUCAAUAAACUGGGAGUCGCAGUGCCUGAGUAUGGCCUAAGGGUUAAGGUCACAGCUGAGCGGGUGAGUCCUGACCCAAGCGGACCCAAGUGUCACGUUCAGUGGACAAUGCAGCAGUUUUCAUCGUUUGAUCUCAGGCUACCUUUAGACAUUAAAAAAUUAUUGAGGACCCCAAAGAGCUUUGGCUUACUUGGGUUAUACCUGUGAAUAUUUAUGGCAUUAAAGGUUGACACUGAGACAUUUAAAGAAUGUAUUUAUAAUUUGAAAAUAUAUAUGUAUAAAUAAUAUAAUUUAUAAUAUGAAAAUAGCAAUA